GUCAUUAUAAAGAAAAACAUAUUUUGGUUUCGCUUUCAAAAGUGACCCAUUUCGGCAUUUCAAAAAACCAACUUUCGGCCACGAAUUUUUCUCCUAAUUUUUGUUAUUGAAGUUUUUUUUUAUUUUUUGUUUACCGAUUAAUUUUUAUUUUUUUCCGUUCCUUUACGACUUGGUUCACGUCGAAUCGACAUUGUUAAAUUUAUAUACGCUGCUUUACCCGAUUUCUUUCGUUUGGUAGGGUAGCAGGUAGAUGUGGGAAUAGAAGGAUUGCAUGUGUACAUCUAAGACUGACUAAUUUUAAGUGCUGCUAUAGUGAUUUGUUAUUGUUGUGAUUUUUCGGGAUCCGAGGAAUAAUUGCGCUCACCGGUUGUCAUGGAGAAGUUCCAAGAGGGAGAUGACGAUCACGAUCAGGUUUUCGAAGCCGAAGAACCGGAGCCGAGUCAAACUUCGAAAAUUAUAAUAUCAAAUUUGGGUCCACAUGUACGGUUCGAGGACAUCGAACAUCUCCUUAACGAACAUGGGCACGUAGUUUCGUGUGAUAAACUGACAUCGAAAGACCCAAGUACACAAACCGUCGCCGUCACGUACGAAACUACGGAACAAGCACAACAGGCGGUGAAUCAGCUAAAUGGCGUCGAAGUCGAAGGCAAAGUGUUGAAGGUGGAAUUGGCUGUGGAAAAACGGGCUAAAAGGAAUCCGAGGGGUCCGGGUGCCCCCUUCGGGGGCCUACCUGGACAAAACAGGCAAACUGAUUUUCCUUUAAGGAUACUUGUACAAAGUGAUAUGGUAGGAGCUAUUAUUGGUAGGCAGGGUUCGACUAUAAGGCAAAUUACGCAACAAACCAGGGCACGAGUGGACGUUCACAGGAAAGAUAACGUAGGAUCUUUAGAAAAAGCUAUUACAAUUUACGGUAAUCCAGAAAAUUGUACGAACGCCUGUAAAAGAAUUUUGGAGGUUAUGCAACAAGAAGCGAAUAACACGAAUAAGGGGGAAAUAUCUUUGAAGAUAUUAGCUCACAAUAACCUUAUAGGUAGGAUCAUAGGAAAAGGGGGUAACACGAUCAAAAGGAUAAUGCAGGACACGGAUACGAAAAUCACGGUUUCCAGUAUUAACGACAUCAAUUCGUUCAAUUUGGAACGUAUCAUAACGGUGAAAGGGACGAUAGAGAAUAUGAGCCGCGCCGAAUCUCAAAUCAGUUCGAAAUUGAGACAGAGCUACGAGAACGAUCUGCAAGCGAUGGCCCCUCAGACGAUGAUGUUCCCCGGCUUGCAUCCGAUGGCGAUGAUGGCUACCGCAGGUAAGAUUGGAGGCAUCGGCUAUGGUUCAAGAGGCCUUUAUACAGGUCAAGCUCCUUAUCCCGGUAUGUAUCCCGCAGGAAGCCAGUCGGGCGGCGAUUCCCAAGAAACGACCUAUCUGUACAUCCCCAACAACGCCGUCGGCGCCAUCAUCGGCACCAAAGGCUCGCACAUCAGGAACAUCAUUCGAUUCUCCAGCGCCUCCGUCAAAAUCGCCCCCAUCGACGAAACCAAGCCUCAGGAAACCCUCAACGAAAGGCGAGUCACUAUUGUCGGAUCUCCCGAGGCUCAGUGGAAAGCGCAGUACCUGAUUUUCGAGAAGAUGCGGGAAGAGGGAUUCGUCACCGGGUCAGAUGAUGUGCGAUUGACCGUGGAAAUUAUGGUGCCCAGUUCGCAGGUCGGACGGAUUAUCGGCAAAGGCGGGCAAAACGUGCGGGAACUCCAACGUGUCACCGGUAGCGUAAUUAAAUUGCCCGAACAAGGAACAUCUCCGCAAGAAGACGAAACGACAGUUCAUAUCAUAGGUCCAUUCUUCAGUGUCCAGUCCGCACAACGACGUAUUCGAGCUAUGGUCCUUCAAUCAGUCGCUCCUCCGCAAGGUAGACAGCGACAGCCGAAGCAACAGAAGGACAACAGUCAAUCGGAAGCUACCUCGUCCGAGCCACAAAAGUAGUAAUUACUAGAGCAACAUUCAUACACACUGCCUGUGCAUGGGUUUCUGCAUACCCUAUUGUACAAGAAUACGUCUCGAUGCCUUCCACUUGAUUUUACACUAGCCCGCCCGCGUACGACAGUAUCGCCGUAUUGCUGAAUAGGUGAAGUACCGAGUUGCGCGUCGAAUUUCUUCGAUUUUCGGUUUAACUUUUAUCGCUGGUUUUUUUUCUGUUUACAUUUAGUUAUUAAAUAGUUUAAUGUGCAUUUACAAGUCAAUUUUUUCGGGUUUUUGUUUCGUUAUUAGAUUGUUCUGAAUGUUGGAUAUAUAGCUGUUGUAAUGUUUGAACAUUUCUAGUAGCGUUAAUGUGGUUUCAUUUAAUUUUUGUCGUUGAAUUUUUAAUUUUAAAAUAACGUUUCCUGAUUAUUAGUUAAUAUUCACUAAUCGUUCAUUUAUUUAAUAAUUACGAAGUAUAUGCAUAUCGUUAAGCGAAAAAAAGAAAAAAGAAUUGACCUGUAUCUGUAUUAAGUUAGUGGAAAGUUUUGAGAACUCUCAUAGAAUAAGGUAUGCGUCGAACUACGUGCCUAUUAAAACUACAAUCUACCUCAAAUAAUCAAAAUAUAUUAGAUUUUAUAGCCACUAAAAUUUCCGUUAUUUACACACACACAACCGAUUGAAUAUUAUAGCAACACACUAAAUGUUUUGUUUGUUUUUUUAAUAUUUAACAUAUAUUUACCAAAGAAAACUGUAAGGAACGCGACUCGAUGCAUCGCGUCGUGUUCUAAAAACUUAUCUCCCCGAUGUUCGACGACCAGCCAGUCACUGUCCAGUCGCUUUUUUUUCUAACAGUGUGAUUAUUGUAAUGGAAAUCCUAUAGAGAAGCAUUUUGAGUACCUAUUGGGUUGUAUCGGUGCAUUUCAAAUACUAUCCUAUACAAUCCUUAUUUUAUGAUUUAUAGCGCCAAAAUUACAAAUUCACUCUGUAUAUUUAAGGAACUAUUUUGUUAUUAUAUCUGUUACGGAUAAAAUUAGAUAAACCUAGGUUUACCUGGGUUAAGUGCGAAAUAUGUCAGGUAGGGUCGGGUAGGUUUCACGUGACAUAACGGGAAUCCAUAAAAUCCAGGAACCCAAGAAACCUACCCCAACCUACCCAUGUUUCAACCUUAAACCUAGGUUUAGCCGUUUAUCUAACUUUAUCCGUAACAUAUCUAGUAAAAUCCGAAUAGAAAGCACUAAUUUCGCAGUGAAUUCUAAACGAUUUUACUUGAUAUAAAAGCAAACGUUCUAUAAAUAAAAAAAUGAAGCGACUCUCAAGUAAUUCAGAACGUUUUUCAACUAAUUCGAGCCGGCGAGAAUUCGUUUUUGCCGUAAGGAUUAUUUCAAAAUGGUACGUUAAUAAAUUCGUCAAUUCCCCCAUUAACCGUCGUCUCUCGCGAGAGUUGAAAACUCGUAAACUGAAGCCCAUAUUGUAAACACCUCAAACAUUCUGAAAGAAUCUGCACUACAACAAUGUAAAACACGCGUAUAAAGGCGUAGAGUUCCUUCGGAGUUAACGUGGCUGUUACUAUUAUUAUUAAAUUUUUUACUAUAAUUUGAGUGUGAAUGUAGAAACGAAGAGCUUUAAGUAAUUUUCGGGAUUUUUUUUUAUGUAAAUGUAAGUUGAUGAUGAUUAGUGUAUUUGCGGUAGUAGCCGAACGAGUGUCCGACCAAUCAACGUGGUAAAUUUAGUCGAUUGUCUAGUGAUUUAAUUAAAAUCGUAUUUAUGCUAAUAAUUUAAUUGCGUUAUUGCGGAAAAAAUUGUUGAUUAUAUCGGACAAACGUUCGGCUGCACGACGAUUAUACGACUAAGGUGGUGCGCGUGAUAACUACGAAUAAAACGUAAAGCAAAACAAACAAAAAAAAAUCGAUUCGAACAAUGAACCGUGUGUGAAUGUGAUGGUGAGCAAAGACAUUUUUAACUAUUAUAUUAUUGUUAGGCGAUUUGUUGAAAUAAUGUUGUUGUUCGCAAGUAGAUGGGACGGGUCCCCUGUAUUAUAUUAAUUGUUGGAGCGCGGGACCGUCGUCGCGGUGUAUUGCGGAUCACGAACAAGCGGUUGUUGUGGAGAAUUUAUUAUUAUAAACCAAGACGUGUGUAGGACGAGUGCGAAUGAGACGUGAAAGAUUCUCAAUUGCCUUGUGUCAAGGCGAGUAGUGUAAACACUUGUCGCUGAUAGUACAAACUCGGGAAGUAUAAAAUGGCGUUAGGUUAUAACGCCUUGCCUGAAACUGCGCGUUUCGAUCGUUUCCGGCGCUUUUACAUCGCCCGUUUGAAAUUCGCAAUAAAUUUUGCAUCAACAAUUCACUAGUCAGCGAUUGCGCUAUAGAAAAUUUUCUCCUGCGCAACUAUUGACUAAUAUGUGAACUACCUAUUAUCAAGAUUAAGUAAAGCUAAAGUUCAUACAGUCGCGAAUUGUGAAUUGCGAAAACGAUUUUUUGAAGAAAAUAAUAGCAAAAUUUUAGGUAUUUCAUACACUUGCGAAAAUAACUAAAAUGUUCUAGGGAUUUUGGAAUCUUAAAUUAUAGUUUUCAUCUAUUUUUUACUAAAAUUUUGACAUUUGACGGUAUUUUGACCUAAUUGGUUGAAUAUUUAAGGUUGUAGUUUGUGUUUAUAACAGUAAUUCAUUAAUUUUAUUCAUAAACAAACACCGUUGAUUUUAUUAUUGCAAAUGCAAUAAAUAAACAUAAUCUUUAAUUUAAUUAUAUUUCACAAAACGUUCAAUCAUUUUUUUGACAUUUGGCACUUAUUAUCACAAAACAACUAUUUUUACGCGAAUAUUGGCAGAAAAUUAAAACAAUCCAAUUUUCCCGCCCUAAAUUUUAAAUUUUGCGAAUUCGCCAGAAAUUUGUUUUGACAUAACCGGAUUUUUGUUUUGACAUAAUUGACCGAAUUGACCAAUCAGAAAUGUAUUCGCAAUUCGCUUUUCGCGAGUAUAUGAACUUAACUUAAGGCAGGUCUUUUAUUGAAAGAGACAAUCAAUCGUUUUAUAAAAUCGACAAUACAUUUUUUUCUUGAGUAAUUUACCAACCAAUUUCUUGGUUAAUUCAGUGCCAAAUUCGGCGAGUAGAAUUGGCAUUUCCGCGAUUGGGAAUUUCAAAUAGCGAAGUCUCGGGGCUCAAAGCGGAAACGUCGAGGCACGCAGUAGGAAAUGUAAAAUAACUAUUUUUGAUAAAUAUUUGUUUGUUGGGGAGGAUAUUUUUUUUGUUAGAUUUUUAAAAAAUUUAAAAUGUAGCGGGGUCGCUAUUGCAAAUUCAAUUUAAAAAAAAAUGUGAAAAAAUGGAUAUAAUUUAUUUUAUUGAGAAUAUAAAUAUAUUUAUUACUUUUGUGUAUAAAAAAGAAAGAGAAAAAAUUAAAUCGUAUGUACAGUUUUUAUUAAAAAAAGUGUGCCAAAGUGCAAGAAAUGUUACCGAGAAAGCUUGCUUUAUUUAUAAAGAAAAAAAUGUUAAGAUUUAAAAGGGUACAUAUAUUUAUUUUCGGUUAAGAAAAAGAAUAAUAAACGAGAAAAUGCUCCCCAUCCGAGAAACUUGCAUAAGGGAAAGUACACACUUAGAAACCGUCACUUAGGUAAUAAAAAAAAGAAGACAUCAUACCAUCAUACAACGCAAACGAUUACAAGUACAAAGUGAACAAAAAAAAUGAAACGUAACUGUAAAUCAUCCAAUCCAUUUUUCACACGAAAUACGUUAACAUCUAGAUAUCUGUCCAUACAAAAAAAUCUAACGAUAGUUUUAUUGCGAGCUUCAAGUAAUUCAAAAAUCAACGUUUUUUUUAUUCACCCUUUUGGCUUUUGAUACGAUUUUCUAUUACUCGAAGCGAUCACAAUUCACGAAUUUUUUUCAAUUUUUCCAAAAUCAGCAGUAUUGGGCAACCUAAAACUCAACUUAUCCCCAAAAACAAGACGAGCUUUGCUUAACAGUUAAACUUAAUAAGCAGAUAUUUGACGGUACGCGGUUUUUUCGCACGGAAAAAAUCGCAUUCAAUAAUUUUGUCGCAAAACACCAAACUGCAGAAAUGUCAUUAAUGUUUUUAAUCAAUCUUUCAACGCAUGAACGAGUCGAAUCAUUCAAUUGAUAAUUAUCCGUUUAGAAGGUUGUAAAUUUAAAUGAAAUAACUUUUUUUGACUCUCCUGUACUGAUUGGUUUGUUCCCGCAAAGUUGCCGAACCGUUCUGAAUUUACUGUACAAAAGUCCGAAACGGAUCGGAAUCUUUGUUGGGACAAAUCUAAUACGAAUUGUAAAGGUAUUACACAUCAAAAGUCAAAUCUGAUAAGUUAAUACAUUAAAGUAAAAACAUAUAGUUGGUCACUGAAAUAAUAUAAACAUUUGACUGACAAUCCACUGCAUAUAAUUAAACAUACAUAUUCAAAGUUAUGGUAUUUCAUUGUGCCUAACUGAACGUCCUAUGUAAAAGAUUGAAUUUGAUUGUGUGUGACGAAAGUUUGCCCUAGCUUUUAUGUGUCAUUUGGAACUUGAUUUAUGUGUAUAUUAUAUAGCAAUGAGGCAAGCUUUUGUAUUUUUUUUCAUCGAAUUCAAAUUCAAUCAUCAAAUAGGAAUCAAAAGUUAUUCUAUAGUUAUAGUUUUUUUUUCUUGGAGUUAUGCAUUUUUCAUAUUAUUACUUUUAUGUUUGUAGAUUUCUGAUAUGUCCGUGAAAACUACAACUAUAUAUUUACAUAGAAGGUGAUUUCGCGUAUUCAUCUUAUUUUUAAACGAGUUGAACGUACGUGGUUUACGUAGAAAUCAUACUUUGUGUGUUGUUAAGAUGAUACCGAAAGGACCUUUCCAUAUAAAAUCAAAGUCAUUCUAUAGUAUAUAGUGCAUAUUAUAUAAUCAACUGGUAUUUUAAUUUGUAGGAGAAAAGGCUCUGUCGAAGCCUUUCGAUUUAAUAAAAUUGUUAGUAUCACAUAAAUCCGUUACCGUUCGAUGUACUCGGAAAUGAUUUUCAAUAUAGAUGUUCUCUAGGUUAAAUGUUCCGGCGAAACGCGUCGCUCAGAGCACUUUCUCCUUGUACACAAUGAUUUAUUUCAAAGCUUCAGGAUUUCCCGGUUCAAGUGGUUCAUUAGACAAAUUGGUAAAAAUGAAAUGAUGUAUUAAUUCGGUAAUUGUUGAAAAAAAUUAAAUUGUAUAGCCAGGAAUCUGUCGGAGUCGCUUGAUUUAAGUCACUUUGUACAUUUUUAUCGCAACACUAUAGUUUAUAGUACAUGUUACACAUUGCUAGACGGAGACUGAUGUGCAAACCAGCCCGCUGUAGAUUUAGUACCUUAGUUCCGGAUACUCCUCAAAUCAUAUUUUUACUAAUUUUUCCAAUAGUUUUACUGAGUUCGUUUUUGAUUUCUCUCCUAUAAAAGCAUCGAUUAAUGCGAGCACUUAAAUGAAAUGCGACAGUGCGUUUUUCAUAAGUAUUGAGUUUUUUUUAAACAUACAGCAUUCGUCGGGUACGUUUCUCGGUGCUCACAUCUUUCCUCAAAUCCGAUAUCCGAUCUAAGGUAAUCAUUUAAAUUAAAAAAAAUGUAAACUACCUCAGUAAUUAUAUAUUUGUUGUUCAUGUUUUAACUUUGGUAUCAAUAUAAGUUUAUAUUUUACUUACGGUGAAUACUAUUUGUACAACACAGUUUAUAUAUUAGUGCUAGUUACAAGUUUUGUGUCAGUGUGCCAUUGCUUUAAAGAUGAUUGGUGGAACGAAAUUUCUAUUUGAUGGGUGUAACGCAUGUAGAUUCACGAAAUUUUUUUACUGUAAUAUUGGUAAACAUUUUCUGUUACAGGACAUUGAGUCGUCGAAAGACCAAUGGCCCCUCUGCUACCUAAAUCGUAGCGUAAGGAGCGCUCGUAUUUCGACGACCACCCUGUAUAUUGUUACACUUCUACUAUUGUUUCUGGUGCUAACUGUAAUUAUAUUCAUAAAGGUGCUUGGCAACGAUGUCGCGUCGUUGCUAUUCUUGUUAGACCUGUAACAUAAGUAGAAAUUUAAUAAUUGUGGAUUAAUUGAACUGCCUAUUCGAUUGUUGAAAUGUAAGGCUUUGUUUAUAGAGAACCGAUUAUAUAUUUUAUUGUUAACAUCCUGUUAUAUGAAUCCACACGAUAAUUUUUCUCAGGAACUACAGCUCAGGUAAUUCGUUUCGUUUGGCUUUUUGGUAACUAUAUUUGUAAAUACAGUGCUUUAAUUUGAUACCAAUAGUUUUUAAUGUCCUGUAGAUGAUAAUGAUGAAAUAAGAAGCAAACAGUUGUCAUGUGAUCAAUGUUAAUCGUUUUCCAAUUAACAAAAUUUGUGUUUAUCAACAUGGCAUACUUGAAUUUAUACUAAAUUACACAGUACACUGUCCAUUAAUUCAGUUAAAUAAAUAGUGUUCCCUUAA